UGUUUGACUUGCACAGCUUUAGGGAGACACAUUGCUUUGGAGUGAGACAUCUGUUUACCACACUACAGUAGCUUCCGGGUGUCCUCUGAGCUCUGUAUUGAUCGCUGAGCUGUUAGAGAGUAAGAGGAGACUGAAACAGGAUAGACAUGGAGACAAUAUGGCUUUACCAAUUUCGCCUAAUUGUCAUUGGAGACUCCACUGUUGGUAAAUCAUGUUUGAUUAGGCGCUUCACAGAGGGACGGUUUGCACAAGUGUCUGACCCUACGGUUGGUGUGGAUUUCUUCUCUCGCCUGGUGGAGAUUGAGCCUGGGAAACGCAUAAAGCUCCAGAUAUGGGAUACGGCGGGUCAGGAACGUUUCAGGUCCAUUACUAGAGCAUACUACCGUAACUCAGUUGGGGGCCUGCUGCUGUUCGACAUCACAAACCGCCGCUCAUUUCAGAAUGUGCGUGAUUGGCUGGAGGAGGCACGCAGCCAUGUGCAGCCACACACCAUUGUCUUUGUGCUCGUGGGCCACAAGUGCGAUCUGGAGGUGCAGCGUCAGGUCUCCCAACAUGAGGCUGAGAAACUGGCAGCUGUUUAUGGCAUGCGUUAUGUGGAGACCUCUGCGUGCGAUGCCAUCAACGUAGAGAGAGCGUUUACUGAGCUGACACGUGACAUAUUCGAGUUGGUCAAACAUGGAGAGAUCACCAUUCAGGAAGACUGGGAGGGCGUCCGGAGUGGCUUUGUGCCCAACGUGGUGCAUUCAUCCGAGGAGGUAACAAAGAAUGAGCGCCGGUGCUUCUGCUGAGCCAUCUGGAUCCAUAAACUGUAAACGUUACUCCUUCCCUGCCUGCUGAAUGGUCCCAAGUCUCCACUGUCUGGUUCCCACUAGUUACUGCUCCUUAUAGCUAACCAUUUACAUGACAGACAAAGCGGUGUGUACUGAUACUGACACAUUUCAGCUCUUUCAGCUUCAACUUCUUCUUCUAAAAGAAAAAAAGACAGGCCCUUAAUCCAGCACCUUGCACAUCUGUCUAUCACUUGAAAGCCAUGACAUGUUUCCCUUGAGGGUAAACAGCCUUUAGAGACUGGGUCUUCUAUAGACAUGCACAAUGCACAGACAUUUGAAUGAGAGAAUAACCAAAAGCAAGGACUUAAAUGAACUACUGAGCUCAGAAUGCCGAAAUGCUGCUUGAAAAAAAAAAAAAAAAAAGACUUUUACUAUGUAUUGUAUGGUUGAGGU